CAUCAUCAACAACAACAACACCAAUUGCAGAAAAACAUAAUAAUAAAUGAACAUAAACUACCGCUAAUGCAACCAGAAGUGUCAUUAAAGCCACCAGCACAACAACAGCAGCGACAGCAGCAACAACAACAACCAAAUCGAGUGUCCGCACAAUUUACGCCACUGCCAAUAACAAUAUUGCAACAACCAAUACCAGUGCAACUUUGGAAAAUUAAUCAGAAAAUGUUGAAAAGCGAUACAAACAGACAGCAACAACAACAACAACAGCAGCAAAAGCAAAAAUAUCAACAAGAGCAAACACAACACUUCGCAACUAUACGUCGUGUGCCAUCGCCGCACUACAGUGGCCGAUGUCAGUAGAAAAACAAAAACU